UAUUCUGGACGUGGUGGUCGUGCGUCGUCGGUGUGUAAAUUUCCGACGCAGCGACAUUUCCAUAGGACGUUUCGCGUCCAGAAUUAUCCGAUUGAUCUCUUCUGUGGUGCGAGUGUGUGUGUGCGCUUUAUCGGUGUCUGUCUGUCACCUCGACGUGACAGCGUGGGAAAUUGACGUCGUCCUAGCGCAUCUCUCUGGGCUGCGCGCACAGGUGCUGUCCUUCGCCUGUCCUAACAAAGCGGGAGGAACUGCGCCUGGCGUCGUUUUUGCCACAAGAAAAUUAUAACAGCAAUAUUCUCGCACGGAGAAGAAUAGACAGGAAUCGUGGUGCGUUCCUCGAAUGAUUCUCUCCCGAGAAGUGAAGGCAAAACGAAAUUAGUUACAUAUACACAAAUAAUAUUGAUCUACUCGGAAUAGAAACGUAUAAAAUAACGUGUUGUGUUAAAUGAAGACAAAUAUAAAUGUCUAGCAACAUUUAUAACGUCGAAAGCACUAUAUCAAAUUGUGUAACUAGAUAUGCCAUUUUGUCACUAAUUAGUCCAAUUUUCAUAGGCGAAGGAUCGCCACAGCUAUAAAAGGAAAGAGAAUAAGAUAUUCAUUAAAGAAGAAAAUAAAAUUGAUAAUUACGAAGAUAUCUAAAUCAAUUGCAGAAAUACGAGGCAAAGGAGGGAGAUUGAAUUGUUAAAGGGAAGGUAAGGGUAAAAGACGUCAUUAUUGUUUGUGGGAUUAAUCCGUAGAGAGAAAUUAAGAAUAGGCAGGACGAGGAAGAGAUAUGAAAGAAAUAUAUCGAUUAUAGGGAAGAGUUCACGAAGGUAAUCUUUCCUGGUGAAACCACGACGAUUCGCUGAAAGUGCGCGAGGGACGAUAAGGAGUGGAAACGAGGAAGAUGAGUCUGGAUCAUCGAGGUUCGCGGGAUCGUGCAGGCAGGCUGUUUCUCGUCGUGAGAAUGACAGCGAUGAAGGUGGCCUUCGAUAGAACGGCGUCGUACGGUUCAACGACUUAGAGCUGUGUUUAUAGAGCUCUACGACUUACGCACGAGAUUCGCGCCUAAUUGGCUGCCCCUUUCCGGAACGUGGCGUAAUACGUCGCCGGAUAUCGGACAUCGAUGGCGAUAUAAAACUUAUCUUGACUGAACAACGAAGAGAGGUCACCUGUUUCUUUUCUUAGCAUGUAAAUCCGAAAACGAAUCGAAAUAAAAGAGAGUACUUUCUCGUCGCGGGAAAUUGAAUUCGUAGCGAAUACGAUCCUUUGAAUGAUAUGGCGACUUCUACAGCAGAAUCCAUGGCAGAGCGACGACUAUCCAUCGAAAUCUACAUUAUUCGAAAUUAAAAUGCGAGAUUUGCCUUUGACUGGCAUUCGCCGUGCAUUUGUGUGCCAUCGCGAUUCACGAUAAAAAAAUCUCGUAGAUGCGUGAUCUCCGAUUAAGUGCGCUCCGUCUAUCGUGACAAGAAGAGACUGUCUCAUCUUCGGAAGAGAGUCGACGCACUCUGGAAAAUCGAUUUCUUACGGGCAGAAGUCUGCGAAAUUUACGGCAUCAUGUUUCAAUGCAUCAUCCAGCAGAGGAACGGUUGGAUCCAUCCCUACACUCCCGACACCAAAGAUGUUUUCCCAGAUAUACGGCUACAGCUAAACGAGCAACUGAGAUGUCUCGAUGUAAGAAUGGAAGCACAAGUCGCCCUCGUGGUCGAGCUUCAGGAUUUCUUCCGCAAAAGGGCGGAACUGGAGCUGGACUACAGCAAAUCUCUCGACAAGAUGGCUAGGAGCAUACAGUUGAGGCAUAAGGAGCAGAAACAAAAGCGGGAACAAUGGCCCCUAUUCUCCAGCUACGCCUGCUGGCAGCAGCUCGUAAACGAGACCAAGUCCCUCAGCAGGGACCAUGCCGCCCUAUCUGAGGUCUACAGCACCCACCUCGUAGGCCGUCUCAAUCAGGUGAUGGAGGACGUGCAGCGAAUUUACAAGCGUUGUCGCGAGAUCGGCUAUGAGACGCACGAGGAGAUACUUCGAGUAUUGCACGAGCUACACACGACAAUGAAGACUUACCAAGCCUACCAGGCCGAGUCCAGACAGGCGGAGACGAAGCUCCGCGUCGCUGAGCAGCAACGCAACAAACUCGAGGUAGCGAACGCAGACAGUCGUGAGAAACUUGCACGCAGCAAGAAAUACAAGCUCAUCGAGAAGGAAGUUAACAAGAGGAAGAGCAAGUAUCAAGAGGCGAAACUAAAGGCGCUCAAAGCGAGAAACGAGUACAUCCUGUGCUUGGAGGCUUCAAACACGACGAUACACAAGUAUUUCGUCGAUGACCUAUCCGAUCUCAUUGACUGCAUGGAUUUUGGAUUCCACAAUUGCAUAGCAAGGGCACUGUUGAUGCACUGUAGCGCGGAAGAGGGUAGGCAGCGUUCCCUACAAUCUGGUGCCGAACAAUUAGCUGCGUUCGUCGGUGCACUCGACUCUCGAGCAGAUAAGCAGAGAUUUAUGGAAUCUCAUCAUGCGGCCUUCAUGAUUCCCAAAAAGUUUGAAUUCCAAGGACAGCGUGGAGAUGAGACGCCCGAACCCGAAUUGCAAAAGAUGCUGCACUCUGAAAUGGAGCAACGAUUGCAGCAGCUACAACAGAGGGUGACAUCGCUGCGAACUGAGUCAGAGGAAGUGUGGAAGACUUUGGAGACGGCGGAAGCGAGCCUGCUUGAAAUGUUGACCGCUAAAGAUUAUGAUUGCUCGAGAUAUUUCGGCGAGAACGCCGUAUCUACGUCCAGGCCGCCGGAGACGUUGCAAAUCAAGUUACGAGCUGACAGACAAGAGACUGAAGAAUUCUACCUCACAAAAUUUAGGGAGUAUCUUCUUGGGACAUCGAGAAUAGCCAGGUUAGACGCGAAACAGGAGUAUAUCCGACAAAGCUUGCUGGAUGGCUCAAAUGCUAGCCCGAACCCGUCGAUUUCCACGACAAAGCAGAAGCAAGCACGCCGCAAACGAAUCGGUCGUCUGCAGAUGAAUGGUCAACCAAAGUUAUUUGGCGGUUCGCUCGAGGAGUAUUUGGAGAGCACGAAUCAGGAGAUACCGCUGAUCAUGAAGAGCUGCAUCCGCGUAAUUAAUCUAUAUGGCUUGCACCAUCAGGGUAUCUUCCGUGUGUCGGGCUCGCAGGUAGAGAUCAACAAUUUCCGCGAGUGGUUCGAGCGUGGCGAGGAUCCACUUGCGGAUGUCACUGAUGCUUCAGACAUCAAUAGUGUCGCCGGGGUGUUAAAGCUCUAUCUGAGGGAGUUGCGCGAGCCACUCUUUACUAUCAUUUAUUUCGAGCAUCUGAUGGAAUUGGCGCAACUCGAAUCGAAACAGGACUUUGUAAACAAAAUGAAGGAGAUGAUAGCGAGUCUGCCACGGCCAGUUGUAAUCGUCAUGCGAUAUCUUUUUGCCUUUCUCAAUCACUUGUCGGAAUUCUCGGAUGAGAACAUGAUGGAUCCGUACAACUUGGCUAUCUGCUUUGGCCCAACCUUGGUGCCCGUUCCGGAAGACAAGGAUCAGGUCCAAUAUCAGAAUCAGGUCAACGAGCUUAUCAAGAACAUCAUCACAUUUUGCGAAGAAAUCUUCCCGGAGGACAUCGGGGGCACUCAGUAUGAAAAAUACAUCAGCAGAGAACCUGACGACGUGGAUGUAGGAGAUUCACCGACGGAUCAAGUACAGGAAGACAUGGACUCGGAAGUUUACCCAUCUGAAGAUGAAUCAGAGAAUCUCGAAGCUACGGCGCAGUUUGACUUCAAUGCAAGAUCAGAGAGAGAGCUGAGCUUCAAGAAGGGUGACACCUUGACACUAUAUACGCAGGUCAGCAAUGAUUGGUGGCGAGGCGCUCUAGCUGGCAGGGAGGGACUGAUUCCAGACAAAUAUAUUAUGCUCAAGAUAAAGGAUGAAGAGCGCGAGAAGGAACUUUUAAAAUCAUCCAGCGAGGAAUCUAUGCGUAGAAGAGCGUCCAGCUCAGCGGACAGCGUAUUGUCGAGCAAUAAUUCACCGCUGAUGGGCCCAUCGGCGAAUCCGAGCACUUGGUCGUCUGGUGCAGCGUCCGACAUGUCAUCAUCCGCCACGACGAACAUAAUAACGGACAAUAGUAACGCCAGCGGUAUUAUUGCGUCCGUGGUGACGAAUGUGCCCUGCAUCUCGUCAUCGGCGCAGCCGAUCAUCAGUCGAGAGGCUGACACCGUGAUUCCGUUGAGGCCAGUCAGAGCGUCUUCCCCUACGGAAAAUGAGAUGCAUUCGGAGCAGCAACAUAGGAACAACGCGGACGGCGUUCUCCAGAUCUCUCUGGAGAACAAUGUUGACAGCAUCGACGGUGGUAGCGCGAAUUGUGCUCAGCAGCAACGAGGCGGAAACAGCAACGAGGAAGUCACGAGCGAGGAUCUGGGUAGCAAUGUGCUGACGGCAAUGUUGUCGUUGGACGGUAUCGUGACGAAACGCGGCGCCGGUCGAAAACAGCAGUAUUGGAAGUCGCAGAGCGUCGGCGAGAGCGUAAUGGCGCAGCAGCAUCAGCAGCUGUUGCAGCUGUCGCACACAAACUCUCUGCCGACUUCGACAACGAUCGUCACAAUAGCGGCGAUGCCGACGACUACGACGACGGCGACGACGAUGACAACAACAAUGACGACGACGACGAUGACCAUCGUGACGCAGGACGACGAGUUGCACCAGGAGUCGCAGCAGCAGCAGCAGCAGCAGCAGCAGCAGACAACAACCAAUUUCUCGGUAAAUCGCGAGCUUUGGCAGCGUCGCGCCACCUCGCAGACGCAGUCAACCCCCAAAUCAUCGUCCUACUCCCGUACAUCUCAGGAAUUCCGCGAGAUGCGACAGAAACAUACACCUGAUCUGGUGAUGGAUCUGCCGUUGUCGGCGCAGGAUCCAGUCGGCAAAAAGUCUGCGUCGUCCAGCAGUCUGAGCAGUUCUGACGAGGAGACGACAAUGCCGUUGUCUCUGCUAGCGCCGCAGCAGAUGCCACUCACCCGAUCGGAGGCGGCCACGUCGCCGACCGGUGGUCCGGAGUCGCCGGACAUGAGUACCGCCGCUGAGCGCUUUGCCAAGCAAAAUCAGUGCACUCUGAAGAAAAACACGAAGACUGCGAAUUCGGAGAACGCCAUCGCCGCGACUGGCAAUAACAAGUUGAAGCGAAUCGAGACGGUGGAGCACGACGGAACGGGUGUCGACGCGGAGAACGACGAGAUCGUCCGGUCGACCAGCUCGAAUCAGAUCGUCGUUGACGGCGGCAGCGGCGUCGAUGGUGGUGGUGGUGGCGGCGGCGGCGGUAGCGGCGGCGGUAGCGGCGGCGGCGGCGGCGGCGGCGGCGGAGGAAUGCUACUUAGAUCACCUCUACCACCACGCUCCACUCCUAAGAUCGUUGCCAAAUUCGCCGACAUGCACCUGACCGGCGGCAGCCAGGUGGUUUCGUCGUUUAAGCCGCAGGUUAAGGUCAAGCCGACGAUCCUGCGCAAACCGGUGUUGCCGUUCCCGCAUCCGCACAUGAGCCCCGAGCUUGCGCGCAAGAUCGAGAAACAAGCGCAGAGCGCAGAACAGGCCAAUUGAGAUUGUCAUUGUAAUAGACCCGAGCGGAGCUCUUCGGGGGAGGGCUCUCGCUAACUUCUAUUCGCGAUCGACGCGCGCGUGGCCGGUUUGGCCUGCGUUUUGGACCGGAACGCAGGCCGGCGACGUGGCCGGCCUGUCUUCCGGUUCGCCUCUUUUGAGUCGGCGCCGAUGAAAGUGAUGACCAAGUCGAUCGGCGAUAUCGCGUACGUUUUAAGGAGAUGCAUCUAGUAAAUCAAUUAAUGAUAAUAUAGCAUCAAUGUUGCAAUUUCUUACUACAGGAAAUACAAUUAUGUUACGUACAACGUGUGUAAUGUGACGUUUACAUCGUUCACACGCGUUGAAUGGAAAAUUAUAAUACUGAUGCAAUGUUAUUGUUAGUGUUUACUGGGGCAAGUACAUCUCCCAGUCUGUAAGAUCCGCUUGAAUCGCGGUCGCUCUCGGACGAUGUUACUUGACAAUAACCGUUUUCCCUCUCGCACGCGUGAAUCAUCGGAGGAGACGCGAUAACGAAACGGAAAUCUGAGUCGUCGCUCCAUCGGGACGUCAAAAGCCGAUCGUUGACAAACCGUGUAUCGAAAUGAUUCCCGAAGUCUCACCGAUUUCCAGAGGCGUGUUGUAAAUUUAAAACGAUUAGUACGAAAACGCGACCACCCAUCGACCAGUUACUCCGCCCAGUCGCGAGAACUUGUAUCGUAUUAAUUAUUGUGCCCGAGAAGAAAGGAAUGUCGCCGCGGGAUAGCGACGCAGAAGCUGAAUUGAUGAUCGCGCGACUGCGCUGGAUCUGGCGCGUUGGAGCCAAGACCAUGGUGCUAUCCUCGCGGAGGCGAGUUUAUUUUUUCUACAGAUGUUUUCCAUUUUCGCUAAUUUUUUUACCAAGUGAUCCGCGCGAAGCGAUGUUUCUAGUCAUCGAGCGAAGAUAAGAAUAAGAGAAAAAAAAUAAAAUGAGAAAAAGAGCGAGAGAGAGAGAGAGAGAGAGAGAGAGAGAGAGAGAGAGAGAGAGAAAUGUGAGAGUGUGAGAGAAAAGGAGCAAGAAAGAUGUUUAGCAUCGAAGAACGUGAGUUUGUAAAGUUGGACGAUGGUAUAAUUUAUUUUUUAGCGCGUUGUGCCCGAUGUGUACGCCAAUGAUGAAUUUUCCUGCUAUUGUUGUCACUAUACACUUGACGAGCACUGUCGCGAGCCGCGGCUAGCGCGUUCAAUGGUUCCUUUAUGCGUGAACGAGUGUCAGUAUGAAAAGAGAGAAGAAAGAAAGAAAGAAAGAGAAGA